GCAAAGUCACAUCGCUCUCCCGCCUCACGAAGUAAAAAUCUGCCGGCGGCAAGCAAACGCUGCGACGCCACUAGCUCACCACCGCACAUCAUAGCUCGCACGGUCACCGCACGAAUGGCUUUGCUGUGCUCCGCUCCUGCGCGGCCGACGGGCGCCACCCUCCGAGCCCGCGGCCGCCGCCACGCGCGGACGGUCGUCGUUGCUUCGGGCGCCCGCGUCAGCGGAGCAGAAGCCCGCGCGUCGCUGGUGCUGGCUCUGGCCUCGCAGGCGCUCGUCGCUUCGCAGCGCCGCGCCGCCGACCUCGCCGCCGAGGCCGCCAAGUACGCCUUCCCAUCGCGCCGCUUCGAGGCCCGCACUCUCGAGGAGGCCCUCAUGUCCGUUCCCGAUCUCGAGACCGUUCCGUUCCGCGUCCUGAAGCGCGAGGCAGAGUACGAGAUUAGAGAAGUGGAGUCGUACUUCAUUGCUGAAACAACGAUGCCCGGAAGCACUGGGUUUGAUUUCAACGGAUCAUCUCAGUCAUUCAACGUGCUGGCAUCUUACUUAUUCGGUAAGAACACAACUUCUGAGCAAAUGGAAAUGACAACCCCUGUUUUUACACGGAAGGGUGAGUCCAGCAGUGAAACAAUGGACAUGACGACCCCAGUGAUAACAAAGAAGUCAGCUGGUGAAAAUGAAUGGAAGAUGUCAUUUGUGAUGCCAUCGAAGUAUGGUUCCAACUUGCCUCUGCCAAAAGAUCCUUCUGUGACCAUCAAGGAGGUGCCCAGCAAAAUCGUUGCAGUUGCAGCAUUUUCAGGUUUUGUUACAGAUGAUGACAUAAAUCAGAGGGAAUCCAAAUUGCGUGCGUCUCUCCAAAAAGAUACCGAAUUUAGAGUGAAAGGUGAUUCAGUGGUGGAAGUUGCACAGUAUAAUCCCCCUUUCACACUUCCAUUCACAAGGCGUAAUGAAAUAGCAUUGGAGGUUGAGAGGCAUGAUAUAGCCUUCUGAUGUCCUAGAUUAACAAAUAAGUUGUUAGGAUUUGGGAGUAUAUGCAAAUGUCCAUUUUCCCUGAUGUUUAUAUGUACCAUUUCUAUGUUGACUGUUCUGUAUAUAUGUAAACAUGUUAUUUAUGGCAUACAUAUCUUAGAGAAUUGUAAAUUAGAUGUAAAGAUCUUAUAGGUUUAUUUUAAUUUUGGUCUCUUCAUUUC